UUGUCGGCAUCAGUUCCAAAAGAGAAGGGUAGAAAAAAUGUCGCAGACUGCCAAGUUAGGGCCUUCAAAUGGUCAGGUCAACGGAAAAACGAAUGGUGUGGCAUCUUCAGCUCCGGCACUGGAAACUAAUGGCAAAGAUACGCUGGAAACUCUCGAAGCAGCAAACGUGACAGAGGAAAUUGUGGACCCGUUUUGUGAUCCGAAAAAGCCGAUUAAAAUAUCUUUCCAUGAUGUUACAUCGGCUGCCUUUCUGAUCAAGGGCGGCGUGGAACGCACGCCAUGUCCUAAAUCCACUUCAUCGGAAAGCUAUGGAAUGGAUUUGUAUUUGAAAAAAGAUUUUCUGCAAUACACAGGAAGCUUCAAAGAAAGGGGAGCGCGCUACGCGCUUCUGUCGCUAACCGAGGAGCAGAAACGGCAGGGCGUGAUAAGCGCCUCUCUGGGAAACCACGCACAGGCCCUGUGCUAUCACGGCUGGAAGUUGAAUAUACCUGUGACUGUCAUUAUGCCCAAGGCGGCACCGAUUAUGAAGGUUCAGAAGUGUCGGAAUUACAAGGCGCGAGUCAUCGUUGAGGGCAAGGACAUGGCCGAAGCGAAGGCUCUGGCUAUGCGAAUGUCCCAGGAAGAGAAGCUGCUCUAUAUUAAUGGCUACGAUCAUCCGCACAUCAUGGCUGGCCAGGGCACCAUUGGCUUAGAAAUAUUGGAGCAGGUUCCAGAUCCUGAUGCUGUAGUCGUACCUGUAGGCGGUGGAGGUCUCAUAGCUGGCAUAGCUACUGCCGUAAAGGCUCUGUCCCCACGAACAAAGAUCAUUGGUGUAGAGUCCGAGAAGUGCGCCAGUUUUACGCGAGCUAUGGAGAACAAAGGUCCAAUUCACACGCCCAUCAAAAACACGCUGGCCGAUGGCCUAGCUGUGCCAAAGGUUGGCUACAAUGCAUAUGCCACGGCGGUGCCGUUGAUCGAUCGUAUGGUGGUGGUUCGGGAGGAGUGGAUUGCCGUGGCCAUCUUGCGGCUGGUCGAGGAGGAAAAGUGCGUUGUGGAGGGGGCGGGAGGUGCGGGCUUGGCUGCCAUACUGGCUGGACAACUGGAUGACCUGAAGGGAAAGAAGGUGGUUGUGUUGCUUUGUGGAGGCAACAUCGACACUACUGUCUUUGGUCGUUGUCUGGAACGCGGCUUGGCCGCCGUGGGACGCCUCGUUAAAUUCAAUGUGGAGGUCAUCGAUCGGCCGGGUGGCAUCCACGAUCUGUGUAAGUUGCUGACGCGCAUGGGCGUGUCCAUCAAGGACAUUAUGCAUGAACGAGCCUGGCUCAAUGAUAUAUAUACGGUUGAAGUGAAAGUUAUUUGCGAGACCGUGGACUGGUCGCACAGUCUGCAGCUGAAGAACGAGUUGAAGAAGAACUACGCCAAGGUCAAGUUCUCCGAUGUCCCGUUGGCUUUGAGUCAGAAAUGAAAGCGUCGGCAGAUUGUUAAACAUAUACAUAUAUUAUUUAUUUUUUAUUUUCUGUUAUAUACCUUCAGCAGCGCAGCGAAACUUAAAGUGUAGAACUUAAAUGUAAGCGUAUUUAUUAGAAAUGUAAAUAACUUUAAAUAAAUAUACAAAGUGGGUUCUAUUCCGAGCAA